GUCGGACCCGGUCCAGCCAUACUCACUGUGAACUGGGGAAAGAAGCUUUGCGGAGAGGCUUUGCGAGAAAGUCCCUCAGCGAUCCGUGUUAUUUGACGCUGGAUUAAGUGGAGGGCGUUUCUGUGGAAUAUCGGCGCUUCCCGAUGGAUUUGUCCGUGUGAUAAAGUUUUAUUCAGCCCGAGCGGUGGGGUGGACGGACGGACGUCGGGCCGACGGUCACUCGGGCUCGUUGUGUGUGUGUGUGUGUGUGUGUGUGUGUGUGUGUGUGUGUGUGUGUGUGUGUAUAUAUAUCUAUAUAUAUGUAUGUAUGUAUGUAUGUAUGUAUGUGUGUGUGUUUCCCCCGAUCAUUUUAAAUGUUUGCAAAGCAGAAGACACUGGAAAGGAGCAAAUCUGGGGUGUAUUUUUGUCACUAGAGGAAUAUGUUCGCUCCCUGGCUGACUUUUGCACUUCUUCUGGGAACUUUCUGUGCAGACCCCAGCCAUGGAGAGGUGGAGACGCGGGAAUGCUUGUACUUCAACAUCAACUGGGAGAUCGAGAAGACGAACCGCAGUGGUGUGGAGCGAUGUGAAGGCGAGAAGGACAAACGCUCGCACUGCUACGCCUCCUGGAGGAACAACUCGGGCAGCAUCGAGCUCGUCAAGAAGGGAUGCUGGUUAGACGACUUCAACUGCUAUGACAGACAGGAGUGUGUGGCCACAGAGGAGAACCCUCAGGUCUUCUUCUGCUGCUGUGAAGGAAACUUCUGCAAUGAGAGAUUCACACACCUGCCCGACGUCAACGGACCAGAAAUCAAGCCGCCGCCUCUGCCGCCUUCUCUGUUGAACGUGCUGGUUUACUCGCUGUUGCCCAUCACUAUGUUGUCCAUGGCGCUGCUGCUGGCAUUCUGGAUGUACCGUCAUCGCAAACUGCCGUACGGACACGUGGACAUCAACGAGGACCCUGGUCUAGCGCCCCUCUCGCCACUUGUGGGACUCAAACCGCUGCAGUUACUGGAGAUUAAAGCUCGAGGGCGCUUCGGCUGCGUGUGGAAAGCACAGAUGAUGAAUGAAUAUGUAGCUGUGAAGAUUUUCCCCAUUCAGGACAAGCAGUCAUGGCAGAACGAGCGCGACAUGUUCUUGACGCCGGGCAUGAAACACGAUAACCUCCUGCGCUACAUCACCGCUGAGAAACGCGGAACAAACCUGGAGACGGAGUUCUGGCUCAUCACUGAGUUUCAUGAGAGGGGUUCGCUGACGGACUAUCUGAAGGGGAACGCCGUGAGCUGGAAUGAACUGUGUCACAUCGCAGAGACGAUGGCAUGCGGUCUGGCGUACCUUCACGAGGACAUUCCUCGAUUUAAAGGGGAAGGACCAAAACCAGCGAUCGCUCACAGAGACUUCAAGAGUAAAAACGUGAUGUUGAAGAAUGAUCUCACAGCUGUGAUUGGUGAUUUCGGGUUGGCGGUUCGGUUUGAGCCGGGUAAACCGCCUGGAGAUACACACGGUCAGGUUGGCACGCGGCGGUACAUGGCACCGGAGGUGUUGGAGGGGGCGAUUAACUUCCAGCGAGACUCGUUCCUGCGGAUAGACAUGUACGCUAUGGGUCUGGUGCUGUGGGAGCUGGUGUCACGCUGCAAAGCCGCCGAUGGUCCUAUAGGCGAGUAUAUGCUGCCAUUUGAGGAGGAGAUCGGACAGCAUCCAUCACUGGAGGAUCUGCAGGACGUGGUGGUCCAUAAGAAGUUGCGACCGGUGUUUAAAGACUGCUGGUUCAAGCAUUCUGGUCUGGCGCAGAUGUGCGAGACGAUAGAGGAAUGCUGGGAUCAUGACGCAGAGGCGCGACUGUCGGCCGGUUGCGUGGAGGAACGGAUCUCUCAGAUCCGCCGCCUGAUCAGCGCCACUACCUCAGAAUGCCUGGUUUCCAUGGUGACGUCCGUCACGAACGUGGACCUUCCGCCCAAAGAGUCCAGUAUCUGAGUCACGACGCAACGCUCGACAUGGAGCGAAACGAACACGAAGCAAACAAAACAAGCAACCCUCGUCUUUCUAGACUCGGAGUGAAUCUCAAACAUCAUGAAACCAGCUGCUAUUUUAUCCUAGCAUUUUUUUUUACUUUAUUAUUAUUAUUAUUAUUAUUAUUAUUAUUAUUCUUUUCUGAUCGGAUCAAAUCUACCAGCACACUUCUCUACUGUAUUUUUAUCAUUAGAGCAAACGCAGAGAUUUUAAAAUAAUACAAGCCGAGAGAGGAUGUCUUGACGUGCAUUCAGGUACCGACGUAUGAAUGCCGACAUGUGCAGGUACCUCAACAUUUCAACGGUUUUACUUUUCAUAACCAAUACAUCAUUGUUGCAUAUUCGCCGCGUCGGACAUUUCAACAGUGCUGCAAAACCUGCGAGGAUCAUUAUGACUGUUACACGCGCAAUUGAACUUUCACGCAGGAUCUCAGUUUUUGUUCUCUCUCCGACUGUACGUGCUGUUCAGUCACGGAAAACAUGUCUUUUACGGAACUAACGGGUGUCAGAAGAACACGGAAAAGACGUCUGGACUAAUUCCUUUCUUUUAUUUGUUUUUGGCUUUUUUUUUUUUUUUUUUUUUUUUUUUUUUUUGUGGUAUUGAAGUUGGUGACUGUGAAAAGAGUUCGUUUGGGAAUUCUCUGGGUGAAAUCUCACCCGUGGAGUGUCAUGUGAGCAUUUAGUUUGGUACGGAAAUCUUUCUCAGGUAUCCAGUGUUACGGGGUUUUGGGGUCCAUGACUGCCUCCCACAUCACAUUAGGACAGAAAUAUAACGGUGACCUUGUGAAUUUAACUCUAAUUAUCAAAACAGAACAUGCAAGACCAUUAUGUGCGCGUGUGUGUGUGUGGUGCGCGUGUGUGCGCGUGUGUGCGCGUGUGUGUGCGCGUAUGCGCAUGUGUGUUCGGUGCUGAGAGUGAUUUGAAAAAGUAUUAAAAAAAAAGUCCAUGUGGCCGUCUAAACAAAAGUGUUUGUUAUUCCUAUCCGUUUUCUUUUGUAAUAAUGCAACGUGCAUUUUUGAUAUCUGGAGCUUUGGAGCAGAAUGGCUCUGAUAUUUCACUCCAGAAUCAAAAGUAAAAUAUAAGAAAUGAUAUUUUGCAAAAAGAAAAUGAAACCUAUCAGUAGCGCUUCUAGCUUGUAUGGCGCCCUGGGCGAAACCCGCUUCAACACGGCCCCAAAGAUGUUGGGGGGGUGGUAUUGUAUGGCGCCUUGGGUGAAACCCACUUCAACACGCCCCCAAAGUUGUUGACGGUGGGGGGGGGGGUCGUCUAUGUGGGUGCCUCGUGCCACCCCCCCAAAAGAUGCCACCCUGGUCAACUGCCCAUGUCGCCCAUGCCUAAAUCCGCCACUGAAGCCUAUUUAAGGACCAUUAACAUCUUUAUUUAUGACAUUAUUUUAUUGACAGAUUUCCCCAAAAUUCUCAUUACCAUAAUGCGUCCAGGCGUUUAACUUGAUUCUCAUUACUCCAAUAUAAUAAUUUUAACACAGUGAUUUCCUUAUAUAUUUAAAUCUGCAUAAAUUAAAGGCAGUACAAACAAAUACUACCAUGAUUUGUAAAUGCUUUACUAUUAUUUUACCAGGGGCAGAAAUUAACGGGGUUCUCUGAAAGUGACAAAACCGCCCCCGAAAUUCAAAAUGCCCCAUAAUGAAUUCCCUGUUUUAUUUGUAACAUCUGAUACAUUUCCUAUUAGUUGAUUUAAGUUAAUAGGUAACAACCUUAUUAAAGUAAGUUAGAAUUUAUUUUAAUAAAAUGAUUAAAUACAAGACAUUGCAUUUGUAGCUAAAAAUCUGAUCCCGGGUGCAAAUAUCACCCUAUAAUAAAACAAAUGCGAUAUAAUAACGAAAAUGCGAUUUUUGGGUGGGGGUGCUCAUUUUUCAUAAAGAAAAUGUCAUAAUGCAAAAAAUCGAAAUGGCACCAAAAAUAAGCUUCGUUUUCUUUAAGCAAAAUGUAAUUUUUGGGGGUGAAAAAUAACCAUGACAUGUUCUUGACAGGUUUGUCAGAUCCUCACAGGAAGUGUUUGGAUUUUGUCGGGUCCCGUCAUGUAUUACCUCUUUCUAACAGGGACCAAAUCUGAGAUAUGACCCAGCGGUAACAAGACUUUGUUUGGGGCUAAAAAUUUUAAUCAAGUGAUGUUUAACUCAUUUAGCAAAGAAAGAGGGUCAAAAACACACAUGAAUUGUAUUUAUUUUUUCUUAAAAGUGGUAGACGGUAAUCCGCGUUUGCAUAUGCCAUAAUGCAAGAGUGAAUUUCCACAGUACUGCUGCUCGGAUGAAAUGAGGUGAAAUAUUCUGUAUCUUCUCAGUAAAACUCGUUCUCAGAUGCAACCGCACGUCACCAGAAAUUCAAAGGCUUCCGAGAUGAAAUAGCGCAACUCGAAACAAUAACAUUAGAUGUGAAAAAAAGGCGAAAGAUAUUGUUCAUGAACCACAGAUCACCUCAAACCAGAAAUACCUCAGAUUUUCUACGUGUUUGACUUCUGUUAUAUAUAUUGUUAGUUGUGUUGACUUGUAGUGAGUAUAUUUUGAUGUAAGUUGGCUUUUAUGAUUAAGGAAGGGGUUUUGGAGAAGUAAUCAAAAAAGGAAAAAAAAAAAACCUUCAAAAAAUAAUCCAAAAUCUUUUAAGAAGUGCUACCAAGUUCUGUUGUAUAAAUGUGAGAACCCUUGAUGUAAAUAGCUGUAUACAGUUGUAGGAUUCUGCCGAUCCGUGUGACCCUGGGCAUUAUUCUUCAUUUGAGCUGAACUUUCUUCCUAUCAGCUACUGUCUGUUACUUCACGGGACAUUGAACCUCAAACAUUUGGCGCUUCUUCCAAAAACUGGAACAUAUUGCCCCGUUUUAACUUGCACAAUUUUUUUACGCAACCCUCGAUUGUGGGGAACAAAAUUAAAAGCAUACUUAUGAAUUUACUUAUUCACUUCACUCAGAGCACCCUUACUAAAUUACCUUCGCCCAAAUUUUAUCGAUGCAAAUUUACGCUCGUGUGAUUUAAAGAUGUUCAGAUAGAGCUUUUAUUUCAGGGUGUGGUGUCCCGCUGUCUGUCUGUCCCAUUUCAGUCUCUGCUGUCUGUACUCCUGAUGCACUGCAGCGGUUGCUUCUGUCAAACUCAGCUUUAAGUUUUCUAUUAUGGUGCCAUAUAUAAUGUUGCAGAGCUGAAAUGUUGGCAUUAACCCGAAGGUGUCUGCGCUGAAACUAUCUGUACUCUCAUCGCUCAUGUGCGCUUUGCUUUUGUCUGUUGUUUUCUGGUUGGGUGAGGUUUAGUUAAACAUACAGUGACCUCUAAAAAGAGCCUUUCAUGCUAUGGUAGGCGUGAAUUGUCCACGUGCAGCCUAGUGCAUGAUCACCGCUGGUGCAUGCGCUUGCAGUUGACUGUGCUAAAAGAGUAAAUGUUAUGAAAUAUUUCGUUUUUCCUCCAUGCUAUUCCGUCAUUGCAUUCAGCCUUGCAAAGUUACUCUUUUGACCACAAACGCGCAUGGACGCAUUCUGCUUAUACGCACUGCAACUGCUGUCUGAAACUCUUUUAGCGCAAAGACGCGGACUGUCCAUGUGUCUAGAAAAACUUGGCUGCAUGCAAUAGUCUUCACGGACUGUGUGCGAGACGUAGCGGCACGCGAACAACUGAAGUGUACUUUGGCUGUAACAGCAUGGACAAGAUGGACAGUGCAUGAGUCAAACUGACACGUGGAAAACCGAAGUAAACGUUGGCCUUUUACAUCUGUAAAUAAUUUUGGAACCACUCCAAAGUUAAUGAUGCUGUGGCUAACCUUACUCCAUAUGUAGCAUGCUUGAAAAGUGUUGUGGCUUUCUAAACACAUAUGGUUCCCGUGUUGCCUAACCUUUUGCAAUUUUGAAACGGUGAAGUGAGUGGUAGUGCCGCCCUCUGCCAAAGUAGUGCGUUUCCCAGUUGAAUGCUUUUGCCAAUCAUGGGUGUGCUUUACUUUGCGUGCGUCCCUUUUCCAUCUCAGAUGUUAUACUUAAGGAAAUCACAUUUUCUUCAGGUUACUGUGGGAGGAAUAUCACUUCAUCACUUUGUCAACCAGGAAAGUUUGGAUGGUUCCAAUUGGCUCGGACGAUGUAGCAAGCAAUAUCUCCAGCAAUAGUUUGCAUUUGGGGCAUUGAUAUUGAACUUCAGGCGACCUACCAAAAUCAUUUUACACGUGAAAUGCUGUUGAUAACACAGUAGUGCCACGUUUCAAUAAACUGACCUUAUUUUUGUUUUUAAUUAACAUACAAUGUGUAGCCAAAUUCCUUGCAUUUCUUUAUCUGCAAGAGUAUAACCAAAGGGUUUUAUUAUUUUUCAGCAUUAGUUUUAUGGUGAUUAUACUUGUCUUUUUGUCUUAAAAUGUUUUAAACGUUCUCAUAUUUUAGAAAAGCAGAACUUCUCGGUCUUGUAAUGCUUAAUCAUCUGCAAAAUUGCCUUUUUCUGUUGCCACGCUGUGAGUAUUGGACGUUUGAGGUGUUGGCGAUGUCGAAUUAAAUGAAUGUAUCUUUUUGGUUGAUUUUAUGCAUCAUAUUGUAGACGGUCGAUUUGCAUUUUAAGCAAACAUCGUUUUUGACCAGCUGUUUUAAUUUCUGUACUAUAACGCUUUUAGUCUUUUGGAGAGUUUUUUUAAUUGGAUUGACCAUUGAGUGACAGUUUUGCAUAAUGAGAGACGUGAUUUAUGCAAUACACUUGUACAGCUCAUUAUGCACUAAAAACAGUCCAGUGUUUUUGUCGUCACUUCUGCUGUUGUGCCAGUUAAACAAGAUAUCAGCCUUGCAAUUGUAUGUUUAAUGGGUGAAGAAAGUAUAUUUUGCAUAAAUGAAGCCUGAUUUAGGACCAUUAAUAUUUUUUGACAGUAUUGUGAAAUUUCUAUGACAAUUAAGACCAAUUUUUUGGACUAAUUUUGUACCAUAAUACACAUACACUAUAUAUGUGUGUGUGUGUGUGUGUG